GAGCUCAGCUGCUGCUGGACUCAGUGUCAGUUUGUGUCAGUGUCUCACAGAUUCACAGACAUUCAGACGUCUCCGUGUCCCUCUGCUGCCGAUGAAGACCACCAUGAAGGUCCCGGAGCUGGUCCUCGUCCUCUGCUGUGUCCUCUGCGUCUCUGCUGACGGUCUGCAUGAAGACUUUUCUAUCAGUGGCUGUUCAGAGACUGAUGGAGAGGAGAUGUACGCACUGGAUGGUGAAGAGUGGUGGUACGCAGACUUCAUCAAGAAGGAAGGAGUCGAGCCUCUGCCCAGUUUUGUGGAUCAUGUGAGCUACAGGGAAGGAACUUAUGAACAAGCUGUGGCUGAUCAAGAGACCUGCAAAUAUAAUCUGAAGAUUUUCAGUGAUGCUACGAAGGACAUCCCACGGGAAAAUGAUCCUCCUUCACCUCCGAUGAUCUACACCAGAGACCAUGUGGAGCUGGGAGAGCAGAACACUCUGAUCUGUCAUGUGACUGGUUUCUACCCUGCUCCUGUCAACGUCACCUGGACCAAGAACCAAGAGAAGGUGACUGAAGGGACGAGCAUCAACGUCCCCUUUCCCAACACGGACGGGUCCUUCAGACAGACGUCCAGACUGGUCUUCAUCCCACAGCUGGGAGACAUCUACAGCUGCACAGUGGACCAUCCAGCUCUGAGCCAACCACUGACCAGAAUCUGGGAUGUGGACGUGCAGCAGCCCGGUGUUGGACCUGCAGUAUUUUGUGGACUGGGUCUGACGGUGGGUCUGCUGGGCGUGGCCGCCGGAACCUUCUUCCUCAUCAAAGGAAACGAGUGCAGCUGAUUGGCCGGGGCCGGCGACGUCGUCCACGUGUACAGAUUGUCCUAUCAGCUUUAACCCGCUUGGAUCCGCUCCGCCUCUCUGAGCGCCGCUCGCCGCCGCGGCUUCACGGUCUGACGACACCUGAGCUGCUUUAACGUGAUGAGAGAUCGACCUGUUUCUGAUUCCUGAUGUAAAUAAACCAGAUGUUCUGUCUGUGAUCAGCUGCAAUAACCUGCACCUCUGGAAAUAAAGUCACAUCAAACCCACGA